AUGAAGAGAAUACAUGUGAACGGCGCUUAUCCCGCUUACCCCAUGGUAUGUGUAGGAGCUGUCUCACAGUGUAGCAAUGUAGAGAAUACAUGUAAAGGUAUGCACCCCGCUUACCCCGCUUACCCCACCUCCAUGGCAUGUGUAGAAGCUGCCUCACAGUGUAGCAAUGUAGAGAAUACAUGUAAAGAAGCUGCCUCACAGUGUAGCAAUGUAGAGAAUACAUGUAAAGGUAUGUACCCCGCUUACCCCGCUUUCCAGCCUAUGUAUAGGUGCUGGACACAGUGUAGCAAUGUAGAGUAUACAUGUAAAGGUAUGCACCCCGCUUACCCCGCUUACCCCACCUCCAUGGUAUGUGUAGAAGCUGCCUCACAGUGUAGCAAUGUAGAGAAUACAUGUAAAGAUUUUAAAAAAUUGUGGUUUGCAGUGUAAACCCUUGACCAGAUGUGUUGAUACAUGACUAUGACUUCAAAGAACCUAGAACCAAAGGAGUCUCCAUCUUGGGGUAUACCACUUCUACAGCGCAUAAUAAGCAAGACAAGUGACACUUCCAAAGAUGACCAUCAUACUUUUGAUGCUCAAAAUGUGAAUGAUGCUAAAUACACCGAGAAACAACCAUUAACUACAAAUACAACAUGUGCAACUGAUGGUGCUAAUUUAGUAGGCAUUUAUGAUGAAACUGAAUCACACCAUGGAACAACAGAGGAAACACCAAAGAGUUCUCAACACGCAAAAGCUGAUGGUACAGAUCUACAAAGCAUCAAUGAUCAGGCAUCUUACCAUUUUGAUCCUAAGGAUCACCUUGAAGAUAACUGCUCAAAAAACGAUACCCCCAAAAAGCCCAGUAAAUCCAGUGAUAAAUUUGUGAAGAUAAAAUCUAAAAGAACUAUUACAAGGCCAAGAAAACUUAAAGAUAAAGAGUGUGAAAUAAUCAGCAAGACUGAAACAUCUCUUGCAAAACAUAUAAUUGCAAAAACUACGGACAGUCAAUUCAAGCCUGUUGUUAUGACAACAUUAAGUGCAAUGAGUCACCAGGUUGAAAAUCUAGAAACUGUGCAAACUGGGAAUCAAGAAGCUUCACCCAAAGCAAACACUGAGACCAUUGUGAAUCUAGAAACAGUUAACAACCUCCAGGAUCAAGCUGAGAGUACAGAGCUUCAUCAGAUUCUUCCUAAAGAAUCUGUUGCUAUAGAAACUGUAUCAAUAGAAACCAAAACCCGGCAACAGGAAAAGGCUGUUAAUUUUGAUGACUUUGAGAUUCAGUUUGAAGAUGAUCCACCUCCAAAAACAGAUUUUAUAAGUUCAAAGCCAAGGCGAGGUAGACCUCCAAAAUAUGACAGGCGAAAGUCAAGACAAUCCAUGGACUUCACUGCAUCAAUAUCUUUGACAUCAACACUAAGUGAACCAACAGAGACCUCCACAACAAGAGUACCAAAAAGCAGCUCAACAGAUAUUAUCUCUAGCGAUAGUGGUAUAUCAGAAAUCGCUUUGAAUGAUCUACACUUACCAUUUGAUGAAGAUGACCAACCACAAUGUUCCCCUAAACCAAUACAACGUCCAAAACGGAAACGCCAAGGAAGAAAAUCUGCAGAUUUUGACAUUAUCAACACUUCAGCGAUUAUUUUGAGUCCCGAGCUUGACCCAGGAAUGAUUAGCGAAAAUCCUGAUAUUGUACCUCCCCUAGGCGCAUCUAGAAGGUCAAAAAGGAUCCGACGUAAAUCGCUGGAGAUUUUCCGCCAAUCUCAGCAUGAGAAGGAACAAAAGUUGCAGCUGAUAGAAACAUUGAAUUCAACAAGUGCAGCUGUGACAAAGUCUAUCCCAACUAAUGUCCAACCUCAGAAUUCUCCAAGUUCAUACCCACAUCCAGAAGGCACAACCUUACAUCCACAAGACACAACCUUACAUCCAGAAGACACAACCUUACAUCCACAAGAAACAACCUUACAUCCAACCACCACCAAACAUGAAGAUACUAAGACAUACAACAAAUGCAAUGCUGAACUAAAAAAUAAAUCUCCAAACUAUGUUUCAAAUAUGAUUCAUAAUGUAACACUUGUUGAAGAACAUUUACACGAAACAGUCCAUGGAGUGGACACUACUGUGUUUGAUAUACCAGCUGUCAUAGAGCCCCCAGUUCUCAAUACUUGCGAAUCAGUAGGUGCCAAAAAUAGAAUAAUAAAACAGUCAUUUUCAAGGAAAUAUUCACCUGAGAAAUGCAAGGAAGGCGAACCUGAAAGUUUAGGACGUGGUAAACGUGCUAAGAAAACUCUUGUGAAUUAUGCUGAGCUUGACCAGUGCGAUGAAGAGGACUCUAAAAGUAGGUCACCAAAAAAGAAACGUAAAAAAGAAGAUGUAUCCAUUGAAGAUAUCUAUAAGAAUAAGAACUAUGUUGCACCAGCUGAGAAACCAUGGGAGACCAUUUAUGAAACACCUCAUCAUAAUGAUGUUAUGACGAAGAAAAAAUUCAAAAGGACAAUGAUAUUUGAAGACUAUAGUAUAGGGAGGCUGAAGAAGAGGCGGCAAAAGGCAAUGAAAAAUGGAUGGAAGCCACCAAGGAUGGGCAAGAAAAAGACUGAGCUAUUAGAGAAAACAUUAGACAAGAAGUUAGCAUCAUUGGAAGAGGAGAUUGAGAAUAAUUUCCCUAACAGUCCACAACCCUCAACUAGCUCAACAGGAUCAUCAUUUGUUCCAUAUAACAACAAUGGUCCUUUAGCUAUUGCUGAGCAACCACGUGCAAGUUCCUCACCAGCCAAUCAGCAAACAGAACAGAAUUCAGUGCCAACAAUAAGUGAAUCUGAGAUCCCCAAGGAUUCCAAAAAUUCUCUGAAACAGCAAAAAUCGAGCAAAAGAAAAUGCCCUCCAAAAAGGAAGUCAUCGAAGAAGCAGUCUGAAUUGGAGAAAGUUGAAUCCCAUAACGAAAAUGAAACCCACGAAAAUACUGUGAUCCCUGAUAAUAUAGUAAUCCCAGACACAAUUGAAACCUCUGAUAUGGUCGAAACCAAUGAGAAGGUUGAUAUUAAAGAUGAAGUUAAAACCCAAGAUAAGGUUGAAUCCCAAAUUAAAAUUGAUAAAACCAAAGAUAACACAGGAUCAACCCAGGAUCUAAAUAUUGAUGUCAAGGCUAUCAGCUCUGAAACUAAAAGUGAGGUGAAAGUGUUUGAAGGCGAGGUACAUGUAGAUGUUAAAAAGGAACCUUCUCUUUUGACAGAAUCCAGUAAUAAUACAAAUAAAGUUGGUGUGAUUAUUGAACCUCCUGAUCAUGUUGAUGUAAAAGUUGAAAAUAUCAGUAUGGAUGAAAUUACUGACAAUGGGGCCAUUCCAGAAGAUUUGAAUGCAGAGGACAAAAAGAUAGGGGAUGUUAAGUCUGUGGUAGAUAUGGAACCAAAUAAGGAAAUGGAAGUUGAUUUAUUCUUCACACCAAUGAAAGACAUUCCUGUUCCUUCCCAGAAGGGCAAUGAAAUGUCAAAUAGCAAUGAUGAUGGUGAUAUAUCAGGCUUAGAUACUAUAGCUGAAGAAUCAGUCAAAGAGACAAUGGAGACAAGCCAAACUAAAGCUUUAAGUGAAACUUACCAUGUAUCUAAGGAGCCUGUAUCAGGUUCUAAAAAUGUUUGUGAUGAAUCCAAGGAGUCUUUUUCUGAAUCAAAAGCAGAUGACUAUCUUACCCCGCAAACAACUUUGAGUGACACUGAUACAAAUUCUAGUCUGCUUAAUGCAACUGCAAAUGAAUCACUAUUAGAAGGGGUCCUUGAUUCAAGUGAUGAGGCUGUUCAGUCAUUGAAUUCCAGUUUGGACUCCUUAGACCCAAUUCAACUGUUAGAAAAGAGUCGGAACUCAAGGAUUGCAGAAGACACAAGGGACCUAUUGACCCCCGUCUCAGAAGAAGACUUGAACACUGGGUUCGUGCAAGAGAAAUAAUAUAUUCAUCUAUAUCUUUCUCUACAUGCAUUACAUUAUGUCAGUUUUCAUUCUGGUGUUCUGGUAUUCUGCUUUUUUGUCAGAUAUCAGUUAUUUUACAUGUUACAACUGUACGUAAGAUAAAGUGGAAUCUCAAAAUGAAAAAAAAUAGAUUCAUGUACAUCAAACUGGAACUGACUGAACAAUAGAAGCAUAUAUCACAAAGUGCCAUGUAUCAAAACACUAGUUAAGAAACAAUUUGAUUGUUAUAAGAAUGCAAGCAUGUUAAAGAUAAUCUAUCUCUCUAUUUAACAUUAUUUACAUUAGUAAUUAAGAAGCAUGUAUAUCUGAGUAACAAAUAUUUUAAUAGAAAUCACAGGUUCAUUCCAGUUUGUUAUUUUGUCACCACCACAAGGGGUGACAUAUUAUUAUAGUCUCUAACGUUUUUGUGGAUGGUGUUCGGCAGUUGGUGUCCUGCACAUGGUAUCUGUAACAAAUGGC